UCCGGCUGGGUGGGCAGGCACCUGGAGCAGCGUCAAUGUCCCCUGGCAGGUACCCAGCAGCUGGGGUGGGGGUCACAGGGAGAGAGAGAGAGAGAGAGAGAGAGGGUGACCAUCAAGCAAGGGAAACGGCUGCUGGGGGGCACCGCUGUGGCCCAGGUGGCUGGUGGGAUCACAGCACGCUAGAAGAGGGGCUCUUAUUAUGGACUACAACCACAAGCCAAGACAGUGUCAAAGAGACUAAGUUUGUAGACCCAAAGCCAUGCAGAAAUCUCAGGGACUGAACAAUCUCCAUCGGGCCACAGAUGAGGCUGUAGGGAUGGGACGGGGCAUGGGGAGAGCCCCCCCAAGCCCUGCCAUCCCUCCUAAGAGAGCCAAAGUCACAAGUGAACAGGGAGGCCCUACUGCCGCUCCAGUCUUCCUGCAGGAGCUGACAGACACAGCCAUCAGCAUCGGCUGCAGCAUCCUGCUGCAGGUGGUAGUGACUGGCAGCCCCCAGCCACACCUGAGCUGGUACAAGGAGAAGGUACCCAUUGCACCCAUCGAGAAGAAAGAUGGCAGAGAGGAGGAAUAUGGCAGCCUCCAGAUCCACAACAGCAAAGCGGAGGACGCUGGGGUCUACAGCUGUGUGGCCAAGAAUGAACAUGGCGAAGCCGUCAGCAGUGCCACAGUGACGAUCACGGAUAUGGAAGACUCGGAGACGGGAGAAGAUGAUGCCAGCAGCACACAGGUGACCCAACGCAGCCAGCUCCAGGAUGAGACUACCUAUAGCUCCCCUACAGGGGAGUCGGACACACUGGUGGAUGCCUCCAUGAAGACAACUCCGACGUCGGUGCCAAGCCUGUCCCAGACAGAUGAGCACUCCAGUUGGUCAGGGAGCCAAACCACGGUGUUGGAGAAGGAUCCAGAGGCUGGCCCCAUGGUGAGGGGACCCUACCUGCACCCCAGCAUUCCAAGGCAAGCACCUGCUGAGGCCCGGCACCUGGGGGUGGAGCCGCUGGUGCGGGCAUCACGGGCGGAGCUGAUUGGCGUGGCCCCGGGGUCCGAGGACAGCCUGUCUCUGGGGAGCGACCCCUAUGGCAGUGCCUUCAGCCUGUACCGGGGCCGUGCCCUCUCCCUGCACGUCAGCCUCCCCCAUGGUGGGUACCGGAGGGAUGAUGCCAACAGCGGCAGCAGCAAAGCCAGCAUAGAUACCCUCCACCCACCUGCACUGAAACCUCCUCACCAGCGCCCGGUGUCCCCCCGAGCAGGGCAGUGCCCCCUCCAACCACCUGGAGCCAGCUGUGGCCCCACCCCACUGGUGGCUCCCCGCAGAAAGCUGCUGAUGCCCCCUGAGUUCCAAGACACAGCAUCUGAGGAAUUUGAUGAGAAGCUGAAGCGCCCAAAGUCAUCUGGCUACUCUCAGGCUGGCACAGGAGAGUCGCGGCCCCAGACACCACUGAGUGAGUCCUCCAGCCGCGUGUCUGUCCUUCGCCCAUCACCCAAGCUGCCACGGUCAGGCUCCAAGAUCUUUGACAAGCUGAAGUUCUUUGAGGAGCGGCAGAAAAGCCUGGAACAGAAUGAUAACCCUUUUGCUGGACAUACAUGGCUUCCCCUACGCAAGACACGCUCCUUUGAUCAGGCUGGCUUCGAUGAUGGCAGUCCCUUCAUCUCGGCUGCCUCGCAUGAGGACCUACAAGAUGAUACCCACUCAGAACUGGGAGGUGUAGCCCUUCGGCGCCACACCUUCCACCAGAAGGCAGCCUCCUUGGAUGAGCGGGGCCGUUUCUCCAGCCACUUGUAUGACCUGGAGCACAAAUUCACAGAGGAACUGGGCCGUAUCAAACGCACCGUGUCUCAGCAGCAACUGCGGCGAUCACAAGAACUGUUCAGGUCACCAUCUCCAUGUUCCUCCACUGAGCCACCUGCUCCCAGGGUCCCACCACCACGGAAACUCAAACCCCUCAAGGCUUUGCCACUUGCAGAGAAUGCACACGGUGUGCAACAGCUGGUGUUGUCCAGUGUGGGUCUAGUGGGACCCAGAGAUGGGCCCAAGGGGACACAAAAGCCUCCACUGAGGAGUACAGCCACAGUUGAACUGAUGGGAGAACAGAACAGAGGUCAGAAGGAAACUGAGCUGAAUGGACAGGAUCUGUGGCGAAAGGUGGAGCAGUGCCCACUGACUCACACUACCCCUUUGGGAAGGAGGGACCUGCUGCAGACUGGGCCUCCGGAGAGUAAUGACUGCAUGGAUGCAGGUUCUGUGAGCACAGCAAAAGAGAGCCAUGAGUCAAAGGGUCCAAGUGCAGCCUCACAUGCCCGGAAAUGGGAAUCUGGGCAGAAUGGACAUUCGCUGCCCCGGGCCAAGACAGAACCAGGGACAGACAGAAGCAGGGCAGGGGCCCAUGGUGCAAACAGAGAGUCAGAAAGAAAGAUGGGGAAAGUGACAGAGAAAAAGGAUAAUGCAUUGCAGCCUCAGGAAGGGAAGAGCGCACGGAGCAGAGGCAAAGGCCGCCGGACCCGGCGAUCAUCGCCUGAACCAGAAUCUUCUGAUGAUUCCUACAUCUCAGCGGGUGAGGACCCACUGGAGGCCCCCAUCUUUGAGAUUCCUAUCCAGGAUAUAACAGUCAUAGCUGGAACGGAGGUGCUGUUCAAAUGUAUCGUCUCUGGCAACCCUUCCCCAGAAGUGUCAUGGCGAAAAGACGGUGUCCCCUUUCGGAGCAGCACCACUCGCCCUAUCAAAGCAGAGGGGGAACGCCACACCCUGCUGGUCAGGAAUGCCCGUGCGGCUGACGCCGGCCUCUACACCGUUUGCGCCACCAAUGAGGUGGGCGAGGCCUGCUGUAGUGCCAUCUUGACUGUGCGGCCUGCUCCCGUAGAAUCCCACAGCCGAUUGGUACCCAGGCAUGAACUCAGCAGCCCUGUCACAUCAGAUGAAGAGUACCUGAGCCCCUUAGAAGAGUUUCCUGAGUCUAGCACCCCUCGGCACCACCCUGUCAUGAAAGUGCAACCCCGGUCUGAGAUUGGCCCAGCCCCUGUGCACGUGGGCAUCACCUUCAAGGCUGCCCCAUCCUUUGAGGUGGCACUGACUGACCAGGAAAUACUGGAGGGACAGGAUGUGGUCCUGCGCAUUCAGGUGCAGGGAGAGCCGAAGCCCAUUGUGCACUGGUUGAAGAACAGGCAUCCAAUAAAGUAUGGUCAGCGCAUUUCUGCUGUGGAGGAAGAGGAUGGAUCUUUUUGCCUACAUAUCCGCAUGGUGGAGUGUGCUGAUGCUGGCUAUUAUGCCUGCAAGGCUAUCAAUGAGUAUGGCACCAAGCAGUGCGAGGCCAAGCUCAAUGUACAAGUGCACCCUGAGACUCAGUGCCUGGCAGUACUGGCACCCCUGCAGGACGUGGUGGUGGGGGCUGGGGAUGCAGCUAUCUUCGAGUGCCUGGUGUCCGGCCCACCUGAUGUGGAUGUGGACUGGCUAUGGUGGGGGCGCCUGCUCCAGCCUGCCCUGCUGCAGUGCAAGAUGCAUUUCAACGGGCGCAAGUGCAAGCUGCUGCUUACCUCUGUGCAUGAGGAUGAUAGCGGUAUCUACACGUGCAAGCUAAGCACAGCUAAAGAUGAGCUGACGUGCAGUGCUAAGCUGACAGUGUGGCCUUCGCACCAGCCGCUCUUCACCCGCAAACUGGAGGCAGUGGCUGUGGUAGAGGGGCGGACGGCACGGUUCGACUGCAAGAUCAGCGGGGAACCCCCACCGAUCAUCACCUGGACACGCUUUGGCCAGCCUGUGCAAGAGGGGGAAACAGUGCGUUUACAGCAGGAUGGCGGGCUGCACUCCUUGGUCAUCCUGCACGUGACCUCUGAGGACGAGGGUCAGUACGGAGUGAGUGCCAGCAACAAGCAUGGCCAAGCCGAGUGCACUGCAGAGCUGUAUGUGGAGGAACCAAGACCGGCCGCGAGCUCUCAGAUCUCCAAGCUUGAGAAGAUGCCAUCUAUCCCAGAGGAGCCAGAACAAGGGGACAGUGAAGUAGAGCGCUUUACCAUGCCUGACUUUUUGCGGCCGCUGCAUGACUUGGAUGUGGUGGAAUCCAAGGAGGCUGUGCUUGAGUGCCAAGUGGCUGGGCUGCCCUACCCCUCCAUCACCUGGUUCCAUAAUGGCCGGCGCAUCACGAGCACUGAUGACCGCAGGAUGAUGCAGUAUAAGGAUGUGCAUCGCUUGGUCUUCAUCUCUGUCAGUCAUGCCCAUGCUGGGGUCUAUAAAAGUGUCAUUGCCAACAAAGUGGGCAAGGCCACCUGCUACGCUCACCUCUAUGUCACAGAUGUGGUGCCCACACCCCCUGAUGGUCCUCCCACCAUAGCUGCUGUCACUGGCCGAGCUGUCACACUGAAAUGGAACAAGCCCAAGUGGCUGGAUUCAGCCAUUGACCCUGCAACUGUGACUUACAUCAUCCAGCAGCAGGUCCUGGGUACCAGCCACUGGACUGUUUUUGCCACGGGCGUGCGUGACACCACCUACACUGUUCUGGCUCUGAAGAAAGGUAUUCGGUACAUGUUCCGCAUACUCACAGCGACAACCAAGGCUAAUAGCAAAUCCUCUCCACCAUCUGAGCCUGUGCAGCUCCUUGAUCGUGGUCCUUAUCUAGCGGAGGCCCCCAUGAUCCUGGACAAACCAGAUGUGGUGUAUGCAGUGGAGGGGCAGCCAGCCUGCAUCACUGUAACCCUCAACCACGUAGAGGUUGUUGUCACCUGGAGGAGAUCUAGUGUGGUGCUGAAGGAUGGUGAACCCCGCUGGGAGAUGAGCAUGCCUGAUGAUGACCAGCACUCCUUGCAAUUCUUCCGGGUGGGUAGGGGGGACGUGGGGGAAAUGGCCUGUGAGGUGAGCAACCAGCAUGGAUAUGACCACUGCUUCAUCAACUUGGAAUUGGCAGAGGCACCCCGUUUUGAAUCAAUCAUGGAAGACAUUGAAGUUGGGAUGGGUGAGACACCACAGUUUUCUGUGGUGGUGGAGGGCAAACCCCUCCCAGACAUCAUGUGGUACAAGGAUGAGGUGCUCCUUACGGAAAGCAACCACCUGAGCUUUGUGUACGAGGAGAGUGAAUGCUCGCUAGUUGUGCUGAACACCACAGAGCAAGACAGUGGGGUCUACACAUGCAUUGCACGCAACCUGGCUGGAGAAGUGUCUUGCAAGGCUGAGCUUGUCGUUCGUGCAGCUGUACUAGAUGCUGAUGCUGCACGGGCAGAAGAAGAAUCACACACAGCUCGUCGCCUGGCUGACUAUUAUGAUGUUCAUGAGGAGAUCAGCAGGGGAGCAUUCUCAUAUGUGCGGCGAGUGACCCAGAAGAGCUCUGGUUUGGCCUUUGCUGCCAAGUUCAUCCCAUGCCAUGCCAAAGCCAAGAAAUCAGCACGCCGCGAGCUUGGCAUCCUAGCUCAACUGGACCAUGAACACAUUGUCUACUUCCAUGAUGCCUUUGAGAAAAGGAAUGCCAUCAUCAUUGUCAUGGAGCUCUGCACUGGAGAUGAGCUGCUGGAGUGUAUAGCAAGGAAGCCCUCCGUGAGCGAAUCUGAAAUAUGUUCCUACAUGCGGCAGAUCCUGGAGGGAGUCAGCUACCUCCACAAUCAUGGCAUCUUGCACCUUGACAUUAAGCCUGAAAACUUGCUGCUGGCUGAACCAGGCAGUGAUCAGGUGAGGAUCUGUGACUUUGGCAAUGCCCAGGAGCUGAUUCCAGAUGAGCAGCAAUACUGCAAGUAUGGCACCCCCGAAUUUGUGGGCCCCGAGAUUGUCAGCCAGAGUCCAGUCUCCAGUGUCACCGAUGUUUGGCCAGUGGGAGUCAUCACAUAUCUAUGCCUUACAGGGAUCUCCCCGUUCGUGGGUGAGAAUGACAAGACAACGCUCAUGAACAUCCGCAACUACAACGUGGCUUUUGAGGAGAGCAUGUUCACAGGACUGACUAGAGAAGCUAAAGGCUUUGUUAUUAAAGUCCUGGUUAAUGAUCGUCUGAGGCCCAAUGCAGACCAGAUCCUGGAACACCCCUGGUUCAAGACACUAGCCAAGGGCAAGAGCAUCAGUACAGAUCAUCUCAAGCUCUUCAUAUCUCGUCGGAAGUGGCAGCGCUCCCAGAUUAGCUACAAGUGCAACAUGGUACCACGGCCUAUUCCGGAGCUAUUGGAAGACACGUCUAGCCACUUGUCUAUUGCAGUGCCACGCCUCCUCAAGGAGACUUCGGUACUCUCUUCCUCUUCCGAUUCUGAUGACCCAGAUGAGUUGCCCUACAUUCCCAUGCCCCAUCAGCCUGAAUUUUCUGGCUCCCGUAUGUCCCUCACUGAGAUCCCAACAGAUGAUGAGCCACUGGGACCUGAUGGGGCUCCAGCAGAUGAGGAGGGCACAUCCAUGGAGUGGCAGGAUGAGGGGCAGGGAGCUGCCGUGGAGCCCAAAAGAAAGGAAGAAGCAGAGCCUUCUGUCAGGAGGCAGAAGGGUACCUUGCCACGGAAGCGCUCCACUGAGGCUGAGGAGCCUGGCUCUUCUGAUGAGGAGGCUCAUGAGGCCCAGAAAAAGCCAGAGUACCCCAGAAAGGCCCUGAAGAAAGGUUCCAGCUUGGAUUCCCCAGAAGCAUCCAACAAGGUCUCACACAAGGGGGAACUACGUCGUGGCAGUUCUGCAGAUAGUGCCUUGUUGCUUAGCGUUCCCUCGGAUGAAGUUGAGUCCCAUCCCCGUAAACGCCUGACCAAGGCAGCCUCCAUGGAGUUGCCCCGUCGGAGUCCCAGCCCUGGCACAUUGUACUGCAGAAAGGGUAGGUUGCCUGAGGAAGAAUACGCCCAGCGCUUGGAGCUCAUGCGGCAGCGCUUGCUGCGUGGCAGCCCUGUGGAUGGCAAACUGAGUGGCUUGCGGGGGCCCUUGCUGGAGACUCUUGGCCUUGAGAAGAAGGGGCUGAGGCCUCCCAGGUUGGAGAAACAGCUAUCCCCUGGGCAUAAGAUGGUGCGUGCAGCCUCCAGUGAGACAGCUCCCCAGCACCUGCCCCCUGAGGGACGGCUCCUCCAAAAGAGCAGCUCCUUCAGCCAAGGUGACAGGGAGCCUGUUACCCUGCACCGCCGCUCCGGAGCACCACUGGAAAUCCCCUUGGCCCAGCCUCAGAGGCUAAAAGAGACACCAUCCCUCUCAGCUCUGAAUGAGUCCAGGCCCCACACACCACAUGAAGUUUCCUACAAACCACCCACCCCUGAGGUGGAGGCGGUAACAAAGCCCACCACCAAGGUUAGCUUGAGGAGACCAACUACCAGGGGACCUGAGGAAAAGCCAUUGGCCAGAUUUGCCAAAACUCCAGCGGCUGUGAAAGCCAUAGGUUCCUCAAGGGAGUCAACAUCCCCCAUGCCAACUUUACCCACCCUAGGUGGCUCAGCACUCAAGAGAUCUGCCUAUGCUGAGAUCAUGCAGACCCUAGCUGGUGAGUCAGCCCGAGUCCCUCACAGGGAGGCAGCAGAACCUACUGUUGCUGCCCCAGAAAGUAUACCUCAGAUCUCACCAGCCACAUUGCAAUCCCACACAGCUGUCUUUGCUAAGAAUUCUACACAGACCCCUGGCAAGGAAUCCUCUGCCCAAGUUCACUCCUCCAGUACCGAGCACAUUGUGGACAUCAACUCUGAAGAGGUGUUUGAGGCCAAAUUCAAGAGAGGCAGGGAAGGCUCCCUCAGCAGGGGCCGCAAGCUACUCUCCAGGUCUGAGGAGCGGCAGCUGGCUGGGCCGCGGGAGGAGGGCAUCUACCGGCCAGGGCCUGUGGGUGCUCCGCUAGAGCUGUUGAAGUCUGGAGUCUCUCGACACCUGGGCGAGCGCUCUCGUUCUGUGCAGGACCUGCAUGAGGUGGAGAAGGAAGGUGGUUUCAUCCGUAGGAUGUCAAUGCGACUCCGACGCACACCUCCCACUGAGAGGAGGAAGGCCAAGGAAGAAGAAGGAGGGGGAGCAACUGUCCAAGGCCGGCGACUUUCCUGGGGCCUGGCUUCCAAGGACAAAAAAGACUCAGAUAGCCAGCAGUCAGAGCCAGGCUCCAGCGAGUCACCUGUCAUGGCUGUGCGCAGGAAGAUUGGAACCACCAUGGGGCGCCUCUCCACGCACCUACGCGGUCACUCGCAGCAGCAGGCUGAUGAAGACCACAACACUGCUGCUGGUGACCACAUCAGGCAACCUGAGAAGAGAGCUCCUUUCCUUUCUCAGCUGCGCCGGGCAACCUCUGAGGGUGAAAACCUCCGUCAAGUGGGUAUCCCACAGAACCAGCUGGCAGCCCAGUCUGCCAGUGUCCCUUCAACAGAGUCCUUCCAAUCUGACACAUCCACUGGCAGUGGUCCCGGUGACAGCCACCGGCGCGGUUCUCCCUGGGAACGCUGGAGCUUGUCCAGAGCCAAGAAAGGCAAGGUUGCAUCACAGCCCAACAUUCCUGCCAGCCUGAGAGGGGAUGGCAUUGUCAUUAUGAGUCAACCCUAUGUACUCAGCGAGUCAGACUUCCCUCCAGUUUUCCACAUAAAACUGAAGGACCAGGUAUUGCUGGAGGGAGAGGCAGUGCAACUCUGUUGCCUUCCUGCAGCCAGCCCUGCCCCUUGUAUACUGUGGAUGAAAGAUAAGCAUGCUCUGGUAUCAGAGGGCAUUCUCAAUAUUGUGGCAUGUAAGGAUGGCCGUCAGCUGCUCACCAUCUCCAAAGUCUCCAAGAAGGAUGCAGGCUUGUAUGAAUGCAAUGCGACUAAUGCCCUGGGCACUGCCACCAGUUCCUGCACCCUGGCUGUAGCAAGGCUUCCUGGGAGACCAGGCACCCCAGAAAUCCCCCAGAAGUACAGGAAUACAGUUCUGGUGCUAUGGAGACCAGCGGAUAGUCAAGCACCCUGCACGUACACACUGGAGUGCAAGAUGGAUGGAGAGCAUGAGUGGAAGCUGGUCAGCACAGGCAUCGCUGACUGCUACUUCAAUGCGACAGAUCUUCCAGUUGGGAGCACAGUCAAGUUCCGUGUCGCCUGUGCCAACAAGGCUGGACAAGGCCCCUACAGCAACCCCUCAGGGAAGGUGUUCAUUGAGAGUGCAGAACCCAAGGCUGCCCUCUCAUGUCUCACUGCCAAGAAGAGUGUAACUGCCCCAGAGAAAGUGUCUUCCACCAGAUCCACCCAGACCCUCAUUGACCAGUCUGCCCGGCCAAUGCGCAAAAGCACAGGUCUCUUGCCAUCCACCCCUCCCAGGAAGCACAAGGGGCUGGUGGCAAUGCAAGGAGGGAAGGCCCCUGCUGCCCCACUGCCAGUGACUCAGGCUGAGGAUAAGCCACUGACUGCAGAGAAGGCAAAGCUCCCAAUCGCAGCCCUGGUUCCAUCCUCCAAGGAUGCCUCCUCUUCUGAGCGUCCAACCAUUAUGGCAUCAACCUUUUCGGAGUCAAACUCAAAGCCUUCCAGAACUGCAUCUUCUCUUAGCACCCACAGUGCCUCAGUACCCACCAGGAUCUCGCCUACACCAGCCUCCUCCCCUGGCCCUUCUGCCUCAAACUUCUCGCCUAUCUCUCCUGCAAUACCAGCCUCUGCGGCAGACUCUUCAGUGACUGUCUCCUCCAAAGCUGUUCCAUAUGUGGCCACCUCUUUCGUCUCCAUCCCACCAAGGGUACCCUCCACUGCAGAAGGGGCACACAGCCAACCAGUUACCCCCACCACAGAAGAGGCGCCUUCCCUCACACGCUUCCUGAGCCGGAGCACUACCCCUGGAAGGGACAAUGGGAGUGGGGACCAGGGCAGGCUCACUUCGACUUCCAAGGAUGACUCAUCAUUGCGCCAGGGGGUCCCUCAAAAACCCUACACCUUCUUGGAGGAGAAAGCACGGGGCCGGUUUGGAGUGAUCCGGGAAUGUAAGGAGAACGCCACAGGCAAGCGGUUUAUGGCCAAGAUUGUGCCAUAUGAAGCUGAAGGCAAGCAGAGCGUCCUACAGGAAUAUGAGAUCCUUAAAGGCCUGCACCAUGAACGCAUCAUGGCCCUGCACGAGGCCUACAUCACUCCCCGCUAUCUGGUGCUGAUAGCUGAACACUGCACUGGGAAGGAGAUUCUCUACCACUUUGUUGACAGGUUCCGUUACUCAGAGGAUGAUGUGGUAGGGUACGUAACACAGAUCCUUCAAGGACUUGAAUAUCUGCAUGGACGGCACAUCAUCCAUCUUGACCUGAAACCUGAUAACAUCAUUAUCUCCCCCACAAACACAUUAAAAAUUAUUGACUUUGGCAGUGCCCAGACUUACAACCCACUGGUGUUGCGCCAGCUAGAGCGCCGCGUUGGUACACUAGAGUACAUGUCUCCGGAAAUAGUGAAGGGAGAUCCGAUCGGUUCGGCAGCUGACAUCUGGGGCUUGGGAGUGCUCACAUACAUCAUGCUCAGCGGUCGUUCACCAUUCUAUGAAAUGGACCCCUUGGAGGCAGAGAGCAGGAUCCUCGCAGGGCGUUAUGAUGCCUUCAAGUUUUACCCCAACGUCUCCCAGAGUGCUGCACUCUUCAUCCGCAAGGUUCUCUCUGCCCAUCCAUGGAGCCGCCCCACUGUCAAGGACUGCUUUGCCAACCCUUGGCUCCAGGAUGCGUAUCUGAUGAAGCUGCGGCGCCAAACCCUCACCUUCACCACGAGUCGCCUGAAAGAGUUCUUGGUGGAGCACCAGCGUCGGCGCAAUGAGGUGGCCACCAAGCACAAGGUCUUACUGCGCUCCUACCAUGGUGCCAGCAGCCACAUGCCCUAGCCGCCUGCCCUGCCGGAGGAGCCACAGAACAUUCCAGCAGGGGGCAUGAUGGGCCAAGUACCUGCCCACCCAGCCAGGGUGGGACUUGUUGAUAUACCUCAUGGAUUUGGAAGAGGCAUCAGCACUGGCUGCCGCUCUUCACUCGCCAGUUCUGGAGUCGCCUGGCUUAGAGGGAGUGAAACAGUGCCUGAUGACCGAAAAGGGCAGAUUGACAAGAUUUGCUACUGUGGCGGGGUCGGGUCGGGUUCAGGGAAGGGUGGCAUGCAGUGGAAAAUGGAGUGGGCCAUGGAGCCAUGCUGUUCCCAGGCCCAAGGUCAAAGGAAGAAAGCCUUGACAUUUCCUCGUCAAAAUAAACUCCUCCCAUGGGGAUUCAAAGAGCCCCUUCUGUAUUGUGCCUAAAGGGCUGCAUCUGUACCUUGUGUUGGUCAGGUGCAGCUGAUCGCUUCUGUUGACUAACAGCAGGUGCAAAUCAUGCCGGCUGCAGCUAUUGAACAAUGGGGCAUUUCUUCCUUUAUAUACACCAAGCUAAGCUGGGAAGAAGAAAAUGAGGGAUCAACCCUGGAGCCUUGCAGUGAAGGCACGGCAGCAGUGGAAAACUUCAGUCUCCCACCUGUGCAACUUGACAUACAACACAGGGGUGCAAUAGGGCUUUCACCAGUAUCAUGGGUGUUUCAGAUCCCCAAGGAAGAGGCUGGGAGGUACAUUUUAAGUCCACAGCAGUGCCACCACACUUAGGAGAGCAGCCAAUAAGAAGGAAUGCUGGCAUAGGGGGGAAUCAAGGGCUAGUGGUAGUUUGCCUGGGAUCCCUCUCCACUCACUUCUCCUUGGGGAUCCAGAAGAAGCCAACCCCGUGAAACUCCUGCAAGCAGUUUCCCCCGGUUUACACCUCCAGCCCCCACGCUCUGCAUAUUCUUUCCUGCCACCUUCUUUAUUUUGCACAUCAGAACUGGUGCAGAGAAGACAGAUGCCUUCUGUUCCUGCACACCUUCCUGAAUCAAGGACAUGCUUUCAACACACCAUCCCUAUUCUAUUAUAGCCCUUUCAGCCUUGAGGGUGGUGGUAGUGGCUAGUUAUGUUUCUGCCGUUUCCAAAGCACAAUAAUGAAACCGCCUAUAGAGCCAGGGGGAUGAAUUUGUCCACCCGUUUGAGGAUACAGGCUGAAAUCUACAUGUUAUGCUAUCCAGCCUGACCUGUGUAGUGACCAUAGCAAACCAGACCUGACACACUCUGCUGAAAAGAGUAGAGGUUAUUUUGAAAACUUACAGUGUCUACAAGUUUUCACGCUGCAGCUACUUGAGAGCACAUAGGGGCAUCCAAGGAGAAACAAACUUGGGUUUGGUAGGGUGGGGAAUGGAGCACAGCCGAAAGUAGACCUACCACAUGAAUACAAUGGUUGUAUCCCACCUUGGCUGUGUAAGUCCAUGAUGGCCCUAGCCCUAGCCCUUUAUAUCCCAUCCCAUGAUCCAAUGUUUUUUUAUAGUGAAGAUGCUAGUUUCCCUCCACUAUGGAGCAAGCAAAGCAACCAGGGCUGCUUCCAGAUGGGUGGCCUCCUAGAGCUAAUAAAUAAUUUAUCUUCCACUGUAAGCUACAAGUGGACUUGAAAUUGACUUUCCACACCAUCAGGGAUAUUGCACUUUUUCUGUAUGUGUUCAACCUGCUAUGUUCCAUCCACCCCAGCGGGCAUGAUAUAGUUGCUGUGUGGGGGAGGGGAAGAUCUAAUUCACCUAAGUGGCCAUUAAAAAAAAGCAACAACCCUGAGUGAUCCUUUUAAAAAAUCAGUUAUUUAUUUAGCCCUAAGCGCUUAUUCAUUAAAGUGUGAUCACCCAUUAUUGCUAUAAAAGUGUUUAAUGUUUGUUUUGGACUCGAGUUAUAGAUUGAAAGUGUAUCAUUAGGGAAAAAACACAUUGCUAAAAUGGCAGUGACUAGAAAUACUUUUUCCCUUUAUUUUUAAAAUUAGUGUUAUAGCACUGUAACGCUCUUUCUUUUGCUAAAAUCUUAGUAUUUUUCAAAAGUUGAAUCAGAAGUGUUUAAUUCAGGAAAAAUAACUUGCUAAAAUGGGGGUGGCCAGAAAGGGUUCCCCACCCCUGCCCCUCUUAAAUUAGCAUUAUGGCACUAUAAUACUUUUUCAUUUAAGCAGUAUUUUGCUAAUAUUUUAAAGAUUAUAAUUGGGAAAAGCAUUUUAGCGCUAAGUAAAAGAUUGAUUUUAUAAACUAGCAGGAUUACAAAAUAGUGCUCAAUACAAAGGUCAUGGUGAAUGUGUACUGAGUUGUGAAUGAUAGGUUCAUCUGCCUGAUAUAUCACUUGACCCCAUCAAAUCCUUGCCCUUCAAGACAGAAGAGUAGGGCAAGGAGUAUUUAUGUAUCUGGAGACUGCACCAUUCUUUCAUGCUUCUCUAAAAAGUCGGAUUUUUCUGCAGUGGAGGAAAAAACCCAGAAAGAAGCACUGGGUAUACACAGGAGGAUACCAAAUGUAUGAUGACAUUAUAUGGAAACCGCAUCCCCAAAUGUGAGUGAAAAAGGCAUGGUGAUUCCACACUAAAUACCUAGUGUGGAAGCAGCCCAGAAGUCAAAAUAAAGGCAGUGGAUAAUG